UUUUUUUUUGGCUGAUCUCCACAUAGUCAAGAACGGAACAAGUCCGAGAGGAAUUUCGUGCAGAGCAGCUGUUUAACGAGGGAGGAUGUUCAGAGAGAGGUCGGAGAAGUGGCAGAGCUUGUUAUAUCUCAGUGGGCCAACAAUUUUCAAAGUUCCAUGGAGAAUGCUUUCAAAGAGAUGGCGCAACAGAUGAGUUCAUUGAAGAAUGACGUUCAGAAACUGACGGAAAGAGUGGAGCUUGCAAUUAAUCACUCUCCCCACCUUGGAAGGGCUAAUGCUAAAUCUACGGGAGAAAAUGAAGUGAGAAACUUACAGCUUCAAAUUCAAACCAAAGUGUCAGACACUCUAUUUACUGGAAAGAAAGUAGAAGGAGAGGGGGGUGCUCGCAUUUCUGUUGCCUUGAUCGAUGCAAAUACAGGGGAUGUUGUUAGAUCAGGCCCAGAAUCCUUCAUAAGGUUGGACGUCGUCGUGCUUAAAGGUGGCUUCAACAAAGAUGACGGGGAUAACUGGACAAAAGAAGAGUUUGACGGCCAACUGGCUAAAGUACGUGAAAAAAAGGGGCUGCUUUUGACAGGAGAUCUCCAAUUGACACUCAAGGGAGGUGUUGGGGAGCUGGGAGAACUGAUAUUUAGGGACAAUUCCCGCUCAGAUGACACUGAAAAAUUCAGGAUAGGGCUUAAGGUGGCAUCAGGUUAUUGUGGGCUUAAGGUGGCAUCAGGUUAUUGUGAGAAUACACGAAUCCGAGAAGGAAAAACAAAUGCCUUCCGGGUCAAGGAACGUAGAGGAGAAUCAAACCAGAAACAUUAUCCACCUGCAUUGGAUGAUGAGGUCUGGAGGUUGGACAAGAUUGCCAAAGAUGGGAUAUCUCACCAAAAUUGA